AUGUCAGAUACUCCUGGCGUUAUUUCUAACAUGCCUAUCAGUUCACAUCAGUCAUCUACUGGUGCUAAUUCUAAUACUACAAAACGAAAAGAAAUCUAUAGAUACAAUGCUCCAUGGUGCAUUUUCAGUAUGAACUGGUCUGUUAGACCAGACAGACGUUUCCGUUUGGCUGUCGGUAGUUUUAUUGAAGAGUACAAUAAUAAAGUGCAGAUAAUUUAUCUGGAUGAUGAACAAGGUGAAUUUGUUGUACAGAGUACUUUUGCACAUCACUAUCCAACAUCAAAGAUUAUGUGGAUUCCUGAUACAAAGUGUAUAUUUCCUGAUUUACUAGCAACAAGUGGAGAUUAUCUUCGUGUUUGGAGAGUAAAUGAAGAUUCUGAAGUGAAAAAUGAAUGCCUGUUGAACAACAAUAAGAAUUCAGAUUAUUGUGCUCCACUGACAUCUUUCGAUUGGAAUGAAGUCGAUCCAAAUAUUAUUGGUACUUCCAGUAUUGAUACUACUUGUACAAUCUGGGCUCUAGAAACUCAGCAGGUAAUUGGACAUGCAAAUGUUGUCAGUGGACGUGUAGAAUCCCAGCUAAUCGCUCAUGACAAAGAAGUAUACGACAUAGCCUUUAGUCGUGCUGGCGGUGGUAGAGAUGUUUUCGCUAGUGUUGGUGCUGAUGGGUCUGUACGAAUGUUUGAUCUUCGCCAUCUGGAGCAUUCUAACAUUGUCUAUGAAGAUGUUAAUCAUUCCCCACUUCUACGCUUGGCUUGGAACAAGCAAGAUGCCAACUAUCUGGCAACAUUUGCAAUGGACUCUGUAGAAAUAAUCAUUUUGGACUUACGCGUUCCUUGCACUCCAGUAGCUCGUCUAAACAAUCAUAGAGCAUUUGUAAAUGGUUUGGCAUGGGCACCACAUUCAAGCUGUCAUUUAUGCACAGCAUCUGAAGAUUGUCAAGCUCUUAUUUGGGAUAUUCAGUCUAUGCCAAGAGCAAUAGAAGAUCCUAUUUUAGCGUAUACAGCUGCUGGUGAAAUAAAUCAAAUUCAAUGGUCGUCAACACAACCAGAUUGGAUAGCUAUUUGUUACAAUAAUUCAUUGGAAAUCCUACGUGUUUAA